AUGACUAAGAUCGCCUCCGGACUCCUCGUCCUCUCCGGCCUUGCCAUGGCAUUGCCCACCGACAACGCCGUGGAGAUCCGUGCCAACAAGGACGUCAACCCCGCCGCCGUCAAGGGCACCACCUGCACCGACAAGAAUGCGAAAAUCGACACGCACGACAUGAACGUCGCCACGCUGGCCAUCUGCGGCGGCAUCGCGGGCUCCAUCCAAAAGUGCGGCGGCGCGCCCAAGAGCACCACCGGCCAGUCCGGGACGGCCAAGUUCACGCUGAACCCGACGAACUCUGGCGCCACGCUCAACGUCUCCAAGGGCCGCUGGGAGGGCUGCAUUCGCGCCGCGAGGGCGACUUGCCCGACCGGCAGCUUCAAAUCGACCUGCGUGGGCGGUGCGAGCCAGGGUGAUAUUGCUUUUACCCUGACCAAUCCCUGA